CAUGCCCUGAACUCUCUAAACCCGGAUUUUUUAAUCCUUAAGCUCGUUUUAGACCAGGAUUUGCUGACGUGGCACUAGGAUUGCGAAUAGUGCUCAGGCAGCUCCUUUUCUUCUAACAAGGGACGUAAGUGGGGAUUUCUAGGGUUCUUCCACGCGCGAGAGGGCGGCUAUGUCGUCCUUCUCCGUUGGUUCCGCCGCUUCACGCGAACGAGGGAUUCGACGGAGGGGCGCUGCGGCCAGGUCGCCGGUGGCCUAUCGUGAGCAGCCGAUGGAUUACGAGCCGGCGAUUUACUGCAGGCGUUGCGGGAGGAAGGCGCCGCGGUGGAUUUCAUGGAGUGAGGCGAACCCUGGAAGAAGAUAUUAUGCAUGCGUAGAAGCUCAGCAUGGGUUUGUUCAGUGGCACGAUGGUCCAACAUCUGCAUUUCUGCGUGUAUUGCUGGGAGAUCUUCGAGAUAGGGUGUGGAUGCUAGAGAAUGAAGCAACAGCAAUGUGUAAAGAUGAAGAUGCAGGUGCUGGUAUUUGUGUGGAAGCGCAAAAGAGAAAUGAGCAAACUUCAUCAACUGGUUAUAGUUUAGCUAGGAAAGGCUUGAUGCUGGUGUGUGCCAUUGUGAUAUUUAUGUCAGGUUUAGUUUUAGGGAUGCUUUUAUCUUAGUUCAAAUGAAACAAAUGGAAGUGAAGUGUACUGGAUUCAGUUGUUAUAUUUGUUUCAAUGAAAUGCAGUUUGCAAAUUUA